GGCAAUUAAGGAAGCUGCAUUGGAUUUUAAAGCAGCUAAACUUCCUCAGGCUCUCCGUUAACCGCCACUACGACUGCCAGCUGAUAUAUGGAUCUUAACAUGUCAAAAAUGAUAAUGAUUGGCAAAGAUCUGCAAAAUCCUCUGGAUAUGGAGCUAAGACACAAUCCCAAGAAGAGCUAUAGUGACACCAGAUUGCGCCUGGAUUGCAUAGGAUAUGGGUUAAGCGAGACAAACAUGGCAGAUUAUUCAAAGAGCAGUUUCGACCUUCAAUUUCAGGGUGAUGAAUGUCAUUUAGGCCUGGGGCUGGGCUCUGCUCCAUCUUCCUGCAAUCUCCGUUGUUUUCAGUCUGUGCUCAGUAAAGUUAAAGAAUCUGCUACUUAUUCAGACUGUAACUUGCGUUCUGGAACUAAUUCUGAUAUGCUGGAACUUGGUCUCUCAUGCGGUGCUCUAUUACAAUCUUCCUUGGAAAGAACUACUGUUACAGUUGUUGAUGAAGGAUCAACAUCUGCAAAGAGGAGUUCAGGCGGUUACAUUUCUUCUCUUGUAUUUUCCCCAAGAUUUGAUGGCUCUGAAGCCAAAGAGAGUCCACCAGUGACCUGUAAUUUGUUGCAUGAUGAAGCUCAUGGGCAUCUAUUCAGCUUCUGUUCUGAUCCUUCAACUACCACUAAUUCUUCAGCAGGGACAACAUCCCAUUCAAUUGGAUCUUAUUCUCAAUCUCAUAUCCAUAACCUGAAGAAAUGUAGAUUCAAUGGGUGCUCGAAGGGAGCCAGAGGAGCAUCUGGUCUUUGCAUUGCCCAUGGCGGCGGCCGGAGGUGCCAGAAACCUGGGUGCACCAAUGGUGCAGAGAGUAGGACGGUUUUCUGCAAAUCUCAUGGUGGAGGAAAGAGAUGCCAGAAGCUUGGAUGCACCAAGAGUGCUGACAGCAAGACCGACUGCUGCAUUGCUCAUGGAGGUGGACGUCGAUGCAGCAAUUCUGGUUGCACAAAGGCAGCCCGUGGCAAGUCUGGGUUAUGCAUAAAACAUGGCGGGGGUAAACGCUGUACUGCUGAUGGCUGCAACAGGAGUGCUGAGGGUCAGGCUGGACUUUGCAUUUCCCAUGGAGGCGGCCGACGGUGCCAAUACGCCGCAUGCACCAAGGGUGCCCAGGGGAGCACAAUCUACUGCAAAGCCCAUGGAGGUGGCAAGCGUUGUGUAUUUGUGGGAUGCACUAAAGGAGCAGAAGGAAGCACUCCAUUCUGCAAGGGUCAUGGUGGAGGAAAACGGUGCUUUUUUGAAGGCGGCGGAGUUUGCCCGAAGAGUGUCCAUGGAGGUACCAACUAUUGUGUAGCUCAUGGAGGGGGGAAGCGGUGUGUGGUGCCCGGGUGCACCAGGAGUGCCCGCGGGCGCACCGAUUGCUGUGUGAGGCAUGGCGGUGGUAAGAGGUGCAUGUAUGAGGGAUGCACGAAGAGCGCACAAGGAAUCACAGACUUCUGCAAGGCUCAUGGGGGAGGCAAGCGAUGCGCUUGGUAUGAGGCUUGCGAGAAGUUCGCUAGGGGGAAGAGUGGAUUGUGUACAGUGCAUGGCAAUAUGGCUGCUUUGAAGGCGAGAGAAGGCGGCAACUUGAUUCAAACGGGGCUCGUUAAUGGAUUCGUGACAGCCAAUGGAAAGAAGACUGAUAAUGAAAACUUUGUUUCAGGGAUAAGUACCAUUUUAGAGUGUGUGGAAAGGCCAGGGAGGCGGCGGCAGCUAUUACCUUCACAGGUCCUGGUUCCUCUGUCUAUGAAGGCCGCCUCAUCGAUGGCGGGUGGAGAAGGAGGGCAGAACAACCAAAGCAAGGGGAGCUCUGAGAUUGUCAUCUCUGAGGGGAGGGUACAUGGUGGAGGGUUAUUGAUGUUGCUUGGGGGAACUUUCAAGGAUGCUGCUGAUAUGUUUGGAAUGUGAAGUUCUUCCUUGAACGGAUGUUUCUGUUUUCCUUUGCAGCUAUUGGUGAAAUGUUAUUUUUAUUUCAUAUCGCUGAUAUAGUCUACUGCUUCUAUGUUAUUUGUGUGCUAUGUACAUGUAUAGUUUGAAUAUAUUUUGUGGAAUUGAGACUGAUAAAUGAGAUUUCAUGUCAUAAGCUUGUAAAAAACGUGGAAUAAAGACUGAAUAAGUACCAUUUUGUGAAAUUGU